AUGAUCUUCUUCCUCUUUGUUGCGCUCAUCUUGUUUGUGGAAGCUUCACAUGCUCGUUUUCCCCAGCCACGAAUAACUGAACUGAUAAAUGGUGAAAUAGUGGAGCUACAUCCUAUGAUGAAGAAAGUUGACUGGGCAGAAAUAUCCAACAAGAAGUCUAAACUGAGAUGCAUUGGUCACCCCAGCAGACGAGUUCCGAAACAAGUUCCAAACGAAACCACAAGAUGGGAGAACAGCAAAGAUAGCUUUCAUGGUGGUAUGACAAUGAUGUUUUUGUCUGUUUAG